AUGUAUGAUGAGCUUGAUAGAAUGAAGAUCCAAUUGAAUAUUCUCCGAAAUGAUAUGCUGGUAUUUAUACAACUGUUAGCAACAAUACCUAGUGAUCUGAGUCAACAACAAUACUUCAAUUCAGUUAAACUGAGACUAUUUGUGGUACAACAAUCAAUAAAGGAAUAUUGUGCUCAAUAUAAUAAACUUCUUCCCAUAAUUAACUUGGCUCAAAUCCGUCUUGGAAAUGAGCUAGAAAUAGUAGCACCUACUGUUUCAGUUAAUGGUAAUGGGAUGGCUACUCCAGCUACUAUUAAUGGCAGUUCUGCUGCUAAUACUCCAUCGAAUGUUGAUAAUGGUCCUGAUAGUAAGAAGAAGAAACUAUCAAUAUCGGGGGGAGCCUCAUAA